CAGGAAAAGAAGGGAAGAAGGAAGCAGAGGGAAGAAGAGAGGGAGGAGGAGGGGUGGCGGCGCCGUGGCGGAGGAGCAGGAGCAGGAGGGGGAUGGAGAGGAGAAGGCUCCUGGGUGGCAUGGCGCUCCUGCUCCUCCAGGCGCUGCCCAGCCCCCUGUCAGUAAGGGCUGAGCCCCCGCAGGAUAAGGAAGCCUGUGUGGGAACCAACAAUCAAAGCUACAUCUGUGACACAGGACACUGCUGUGGACAGUCACAGUGCUGCAACUACUACUAUGAACUCUGGUGGUUCUGGCUGGUAUGGACCAUCAUCAUCAUUCUGAGCUGCUGCUGCGUCUGCCACCACCGCCGAGCCAAGCACCGCCUUCAGGCCCAGCAGCGGCAACAUGAAAUCAACCUGAUCGCUUACCGGGAAGCCCACAAUUACUCAGCGUUGCCAUUUUACUUCAGGUUUUUGCCAAACUAUUUACUACCUCCUUAUGAGGAAGUGGUGAACCGACCUCCAACUCCUCCUCCACCGUACAGUGCCUUCCAGUUACAACAGCAGCAGCUGCUGCCUCCUCAGGGUGGCCCUGCAGGUGACAGUCCCCCAGGCACUGACCCACCCCAGGGCUCCCAGGGAGCACAGAGCAGUCCUUUGUCUGGACCGAGCAGAAGCAGCACAAGACCCCCAAGUGUCGCAGAUCCUCAGUCCCCUGAAGUGCCCACUGACCGGGAAGCCACCAAAGCCCCUGGAAUGGAGUCCAGUAGCUCCGUGGCCGGCCAUGGGGAGCUAGACCCAGGGGCCUUCCUGGACAGGGAUUCAGAGUGUAAGGAGGAGCUUCUGAAAGAUUCAAGUUCUGAGCAUGGCAGUGUACCCUCCGACAGCAAAGACAAGACACCCGGCAGGCAUCGCCGCUUCACAGGUGACUCGGGCAUUGAGGUGUGUGUGUGCAACCGGGGCCACCAUGAUGACGACCUCAAAGAGUUUAAUACACUCAUAGAUGAUGCUCUGGAUGGGCCCUUGGACUUCUGUGACAGUUGUCAUGUGCGGCCUCCUGCCGACGAAGAGGAAGGGCUCUGCCUGUCCUCUGAGGGACAGGCUCGGGAGCACGGCCACCCCCACCUGCCACGGCCGCCCGCGUGCCUGCUGCUGAACACCAUCAAUGAACAGGACUCCCCAAACUCGCAGUGCAGCAGCUCCCCCAGCUAGAGCAGGCCCUGCCUGCACCUAAGAGCUCGACGACAACCAGGGUGGGGACACCCACGAGAGAAGCAUUAAGUGACUUGUACACGUGGUCCAGCCACUUUGUCCUCUUUAUUUUUUUCCCCUCCUGUCCCACCUUGCCCACAUCUCCAGGUACAAAUUCAGGGUGUGGAUGCCUGCUGCCCCACAAAAGCACAGUGUUCUAGAAGACGGAGAAGCUGGUUCUGUGACUCAUUCCGCACCCCCUGUUCAGAGCUAUGUCUCAUCUGCCUGCUUGGCUGAGAAAUGUGUUUGGAAAGCCCCCUAGGACUGGGGCUGGACUGUGCCUGAGAUGGUUCUCAGUGGCGGGGUGGAUUUACAAGGGAACUGUGUCUCAGUCUGGGAGACAGUUUCUCUUGGCCCCAAGUGAAGAAGGAAACCCUCAGGGGCCUGGGGAGUGUCACCUAUGGCUGCCAGUGACUGCAGAGCUGGCACUGGUCUAAUUCUGGGGGAGGGAGAGAGCUAGUGGACAGGGUGGCGAGGGACUUGUUGAUCUGACAAGGCCCAGGUGGAAAGUGCACAUCUGCAUUGUAGAGGGAUCCUUCCCGGCAGGCUUUGGCCAGCGUCAGCCUGGUGUAGAUUAUAUCGAGCUCUCUGUGUUUUUCUUUGAAAACAAGUAACAGAGGCUAGCUGGAAACAAGAACCAGAUCAGUGGGCAGGCAGGAACUUUCUUCUGGACAAGGGGAUUCUGCUGUUCUCCCCCAGGCUGAGUUCCCAAGAAUCUGACUACUGUUGGGCCAGGAGGAGUUUGAACAGGCCUGGCAGCAGUAGCCGUGGGCCUUCUGUGAGUGGAGACCUGAGUCUGAAGGCUGGUAGAGAUAAUAGCCUCCUUCACUUCUGCCCCUUGUCCAUCCCACAGGUGAUCAGUGGCUCUCGCCAGUCCUGAACACAGUCUGCAGUCUCUGUCUCCCUGUCCUCUGUAAGCAGAGGGACUGAGGAAGUCGUGUGUUCAGGGCAAGGCAGCCUCACAGCCUAGCUCUCACACAGUAUUUCCUGUUGCGUUUGACUAAGCCUGUUGUUUGUGUACUUGUUUGUCUUAAACUGACCACUUAGAAGGAACACCUUGGUUACCUGUGGUUCUCGUGGCUGCUCUGCCUCUAGCCUGUUGGAGAAGUGUGACUCACUUUCCUGUACUGCCUGUGUAGAGUCACCUGGGAAGGAGGUGACAGCCGCCUGCCUCCAGCAGACCUCAGGGCCUGGUUCCUGUCGUCUGGCUCUGGAGACACAGCCUGAAGUCAAGAAAAAAGGAGCAGAGGAGCCGCGGAGAGGAGCAUUCCCCACCCAGCCCUGCCCAUGCAGAGUUCGGUUCCUCCCCUGCUCUUGAACGAUGAUGCGUAGACUUGGCACUGCCAUUACGGUGAGAAAGGAAAAAAAGGAAGGGACACCAAGUCCAUACGUCACACAGACUCACGCUGUCAGGUGAACACAGGUCUACAUUUGGAUGCCACAAACCAAAAUCCUUGUUGAACAAAAGUGAAGUCUACACAGUGAUAUUGGAUGGUGUGUGUGUGCGUGUGCGCGUGUGUGCGUGUGGUGUACUGUGGUGUGCGUGCUGUGGUAUGUGUGGUAUGUGGCCCCGAACCCUGUGUUCCUGUGAAGACACUUUGAAUGGCCCAUUCUGCUCACAUCCGCCACAUGCCUGGAGCACAUAGGCCCUCUCAAGGUAAUUUAUUUUACACAUUUACUGUUUACCGAACAACCGUCUGACUGUACUCGGGUGUACUCAGCAGACUUGUCGACGGCAUCGCCUGUGUUUGCCAGCGACACUGCCCUCUAGGGAGAGGCUUCUUCUUACUCAGCUCACUGCAAUUUGCACAUUGUUCUGCGGACGCUCACAGGCCUCCAUUCUGUUCCCUGUACGUGGAAACAUUCGGAACCAGCCCCCCUCCCUCUGCUGCUUUCAGACAGAAGCUCGAUUGAGUUUUGAGUUACAAACAUGGACUGGUUGUGACCCAGACAUCGGCCUGCCCAGGAUCACCAGGAGUCUCUGGCAGAGACCUCGGUGCCACAUAUACACCUCAUCCACCAAGGUCCAGAGAGGGCUGGUGCGUAGUCAGAGGGGCCCCGAGCUGCAAUUCUCCUUCACCUUUCCAGCUACUUUCUUGUUAAAAUCCCAGACACCUCAGUGAAGUGUCUCAGAGGAGAGUUAAGUUUUACUAUACCGAACCCCUCUUUAGUUAACUGAUGGUGAGGUGGGACCCUCUCGGUUUUCCUUCCCCUGGCAGAGUGAGGAGCUGGCCUGAGUGCUGACUAGCUUUACUGAGACACCCACCGUGAUGACCGAGCCACAAUCUGGCCCCUGCUGCUUUAGGCCACCCUGAUGCUCAGAGAGAGAGCACAGGAAAUAGUGACGUAGGGGCCAGGGAGACUUGACUUGAGUUGGGUUUCCAGGUAGGAGGGGUUAGGCAGAGGGCUUGGUGCUACGGUCAGAUUUGCAGCCACUAACACAUUCCUGUGUGAGGCCCACCACCGUCUGUCAGUUAUUGUGAAUAUGUGUAUUUUAAGCAAUAAGAUUCAGCUGCUCAGACCGCCCUGGGCAGUCUGGGUGACGAUAUCCUGUGCUGUGAUUGUCCGGAAGACAGAGUGGCUCCAACCACUGUGAGAAACCCCAAUAAAAUCAGUCUCAAGUGUUCUA